AUGUCUCUCUGCGUCUCUCUCGCUCCAUCCGCGACACCGUUGUCUCACAUCUCUCGCUUGCCACUUCGCCAUUCUUCGCCACGAUGGCGUCAACAGCUUGACUGCGGGCGGAACGCAACUCUUCCGCCCUCCGCAUGGUUCCGCCAGUCGCCGCACGGGUCGCCGCUGCAGGGGCUUCGGGGGCAUGGCAGGGGGGAGGUGGGAGGGGGCGGGGCGCGGAAUUGGGGGGGGAGGAGCGCGGGGGGUACGAGGGGGGGAGUGGCGCGGGCGAGCAGUGGUGGAGGGGAAGAGACGGGCAAAGAUGGGCUGGCGGAUGAGGGGGAGCGAUUGAGCACCACCCAGCGCAUAAUGGCGGCGCUGCCAGCGGGGGAGCAAGCAGGAGGGGCGGGGGGGCAGGUGACAUACGCGGACCUGCAGAGGGCGGACGCAGCGUGGCUCGCCCUGCGCUCCGCUCCGCCUGGCUCUCCCACCAAUGCCGCCCCUCAAGUCGUCGUGUGCAAGCCAGGCAGCAGCAGCAGCAGCGGCAGUGAGGGAGGAGGGGCGGCGGGGGUGGGCGAGGAGGUGGAGGUGGUGGUGUGUGGGGGCACGCUGGGCGUGUUCGUGGCCGUGAGCCUGGCGCUCAGAGGGCAGCGCGUGGCCAUCGUGGAGCGCGGCACUCUGCGUGGGGUAUGUGCGGCGAGGACAGGGAGAAGGGUUGGUGGAGCGAGGGCGAGUGAAGGGGGGUACGUGGGGCAAGGGUUGGGUGGAACUCGCCUUACAGCGCGCGCAGGAGUGGAACGUGUCUGGGAGGGAGGUGCAGGAGCUGGUGGCCAUGGGGGUGCUCACCCCCUCUGUCCGCCCCGUGUGUGGUCACCUGUGCCCCCCUGCGCGCCCCUCUGUGCCCCCCUGCGCGCCCCUCUGUGCCCCCCUGCGCGCCCCUCUGUGCUGCCCUCUGUGAGCCCCCAACAGCGCGCGCAGGAGUGGAACGUGUCACGGAGGGAGGUGCAGGAGCUGGUGGCCAUGGGGGUGCUCACCCCCUCUGUCCGCCCCGUGUGUGGUCACCUGUGCCCCCCUGCGCGCCCCUCUGUGCCCCCCUGCGCGCCCCUCUGUGCCCCCCUGCGCGCCCCUCUGUGCCCCCCUGCGCGCCCCUCUGUGCUGCCCUCUGUGAGCCCCCAACAGCGCGCGCAGGAGUGGAACGUGUCACGGAGGGAGGUGCAGGAGCUGGUGGCCAUGGGGGUGCUCACAGCCGCUGAGGUGGACGACGCCAUCUCUGUCACCUUCAACCCUUGUCGCUGUGGCUUUGCGGGGGGCGAGGACAUGUGGGUGAGGGACAUCCUCAACCUCGGCAUCUCUCCAGCGCGGCUGAUAGAGACGGCGAAGCAGCGCUUCCUCGCCCUGGGAGGGGUGCUGCUGGAGGGCGUGGCACUCGCCUCACUGAACGUCUAUGAUGACUCUGCCGUGCUCCGCUUCGCAGACCCAUCAGUGCCGCCCCUCAAGGCGCGGCUGGUGGUGGACGCCAUGGGGCAUGCCUCGCCCAUCGUGCGCCAGGCACGGUGGGGGCAGAAGCCGGAUGGCGUGUGUCUGGUGGUGGGCACGUGUGCGCGGGGCUUCCCCCCGGAGGCAAACACUACAGGCGACAUCAUCUUCACCACCUCGCCCACCAUCUCCCUCGGCCAAUCACCACUGCAGCUCUUCUGGGAGGCGUUCCCGUCAGGAUCAGGUCCCACCGACCGCACAACGUACAUGUUCUCCUACAUGGACGCGCAGCCUGAGCGCCCGUCACUGGAGGCCUUGCUGGAGCUGUACUGGCAGCUCAUGCCGCCCUACCAGGGCAUUGACUCCAUAGACUCAGUGGAGGUGCAGCGAGUGCUCUUCGGCUUCUUCCCCACCUUCCGUGACAGCCCUCUCCGCCCCGCCUUUGACCGUGUCAUCCAGGUGGGCGACGCCAGUGGCAUCCAGUCGCCGCUCUCCUUCGGUGGCUUCGGUGCCAUCACUCGCCACCUCGGCCGCAUCACCGAUGGCCUGGUGGAAGCCUUGAGUGCGGACCUGCUCACACGAGAUGCGCUUGCAAGCAUCAACCCGUACCAGCCGAACCUGAGUGGGGCGUGGCUGCUGCAGCGCGCCAUGUCAGCGCGCGUGGGGUCGACCCCUCCGGCUGACUUCAUCAACACGCUGCUCGCCACCAACUUCGCAUGCAUGCAGGACGUGACACAGUUAGCCCCCCUGGCACUCACAAUGGGAUCCAUGGUCGUCACGCGCCCCUCGCUGCUGCCCACCAUCUUCCUGCAGGUGGGCCCUGUCCCUCUGCUGGACUGGAUGCAGCACUUCAUCGCCCUCGCUGCCUUCUCCGCUCUGCACCACCUCGCCUCUGCCCUCUCCCUCAGCGAGGCGGUGGCCUCUCUGCCGCCCCGCCAGCGCUUCUUCUGGCGCCGCCGCCUCGAGGCCUGGCAGUUUGGGUCAGGGCUCGACUACCACCUCUAG